AACGUCUGGCAUGAAUAUAAAAGACAGACACCACAAAGAAUCUAAAGAACCAACAAAAUCAAAAGAACAAAAUAAGAACAAAACUCAAGUUACUUAGAUUCUUCUUAGACACAUAUGAAUCAAGGAGAUCAUAUUAUAAAUAAUGGAGAAGGCUCAGUGUGUUGCUUCUCUGAGACAACCACUACGUCCUCAAAUCCAGUCUACAAUAAUCCCAUGACGGCCGCCACAAAAUCAUCGGAAGACGAGGACGACAUAUCGCUAUCUCUUCUACUUAAUCUCUCUACCAUGCAAAACAAAGUCCAUCAGAUCAAAUCUCUGGUCAGUUUUUUCAUGAUAUCAACUAAUAACAAUAACCAAUCCACGGAGUCAACGUCGUAUUUGGCCGUGGCUAACAUCGAAAGUUUGGUUCAAGAUAUUAUCACGGCCGCGAAUUCAAUGAUGUUCACUUGCCAACAACUCCAUAUCUCAUCUAAUAACAACAGUAAUUUCGAUAACGAUAAAAUUGUUACGGAUUUUUCCCCACGCGUAAUCGACAGGCAUAAUGAUUUCACGAGAGAGUCGUCAGCCAACUUUCUCGGUGUUCAAGAAAGAGGGCGUAGUUCGUUUCUCGACCAGACUACGCAGAAUCUUGACUGGUACGGCACCCAAACCAUAAACCCUAAAAAAGAAGAUCAUCGUUAUAAAUCAAGAUCCGGUGACUAUGAGCUAGUGGAGCUAGGCGUAGCGGAUCUACUAGCGAAAUACACGCACUACUGCCAGAUUUGCGGAAAAGGGUUUAAGAGAGACGCGAAUCUAAGGAUGCACAUGAGAGCGCACGGAGACGAGUACAAGACACGUGAAGCCUUGAUCAGUCCAACGAGCCAUGACAAGGAAGUCGAAUGCUCGUCGACGAGACAUUACUACUCGUGCCCUCAACAAGGGUGUAGAUGGAACCAGAGGCACGAGAAGUUUCAGCCGUUGAAAUCUGUGAUUUGCGCCAAGAACCAUUACAAGAGAAGUCAUUGUCCGAAAAUGUAUAUGUGCAGGAAAUGCAACGUAAAACAUUUCUCCGUUCUGUCUGAUCUUAGGACGCACGAGAAGCAUUGUGGGGAUGUCAAGUGGAUUUGCUCUUGUGGGACUACGUUUUCUAGGAAAGACAAGCUUAUGAGCCAUGUUUCUUUGUUCUUGGGCCACUCACCGGUCCAUUGCCAGCCGCCGCAGCAUCCGAUUAUUCAUUAUACUUAACAUGCUUCUGCUAAGUUAUGGGUAAUAGUUUUGGUUGAUUCAUGCAACUUUCUGAUUUCUGAAUAAUAGUUACAAUGUUGAGAAAACAACGUUACAAUGGCUAAUCUAACUUCAAACUA